AUGACUUUGCUUCAACGCUUGGUUGCUCCCUCUUCGCGAGGCGCGCUGCGACUAUCUCCAGCAAUUACUUUGAUGAUCACUCGGAGAGCUUCAAACAUGGCGCCUCCCAAGCUCAAGGACCCGUCCCUUCUGAAGCAGGACGUUUGCUACGUCAACGGCGAAUGGGUCAAGGCCAAGUCUGGCAAGACGUUCAAGGUGAACGAUCCAUCAAACGGCGAGCUUAUCGGAACCUGUCCCGAGUUCAACUCAGAGGAUACCCAGUCGGCCAUCCGAGCAGCUGCCGAUGCUUUCCCUUCUUUCCGUUCCAAGACGGGCCGUGAGCGGUCCAAGCUGUUGCGCGCAUGGUAUGAGCAGAUGACUGCUAAUGCUGAGGAUAUCGCCAAGCUCAUUACCUGGGAGAACGGAAAGCCCAUUGCUGAUGCCAAGGGCGAGACCAUUUAUGCCGCCAACUUCCUCGAGUGGUUUAGUGAGGAGGCCCCACGAGUGUACGGUGACACUAUUCCGAGCUCUGUCCCUGGAAACAGGGUAUGGACCAUCAAGGAACCCGUGGGAGUGUGCGGGUUGAUUACACCAUGGAACUUCCCUGCGGCCAUGAUCACUCGAAAGAUUGGACCUGCGCUGGCAGCGGGUUGCACAGUUGUCUGCAAGGCCCCCGCCGAGACGCCAUUUACAUCUCUGGCUCUGGCCGAACUGGCUCAUAGGGCAGGCAUCCCCAAGGGCGUCGUUAAUGUGGUGACUUCUAUGGAAAACACCCCUGAACUCGGCGAGCUUCUUACUUCUGAUCCUACCAUUAAGAAGAUCUCCUUUACUGGAUCUACUGGAGUUGGUAAGCUCCUUAUGAAGCAGUCGUCUGGUACUCUCAAGAAGCUCUCGAUGGAGCUCGGUGGUAACGCCCCGUUCAUCGUCUUUGAUGACGCCGAUGUCGAUGCUGCCGUUGAUGGAGCUAUUUCGUCCAAGUUCCGAUCUUCAGGACAGACAUGCGUGUGUGCCAACCGCAUCUACGUCCAGCGUGGUAUCUAUGACGAAUUUGUUAAGAAGUUUACCGAAAAGGUCAAGACAUUUAGCGUGGGCAACGGUUUCGGGCAGGGUGUCACACAUGGGCCUCUGAUCCACGAUCGUGCAGUACAAAAGGCCGAGGAUCACGUCAAGGAUGCUGAGAAGAAGGGCGGAAAGGUCACCAUCGGAGGCCAGAGACUUAACGACCUCGGCUCCAACUUUUACGCACCUACCGUUAUUCGAGAUAUGACAUCUGAUAUGGACAUGGCGUCACAGGAGACAUUUGGACCUGUGGCUGGUCUCUUCCCCUUUGAGACGGAGGAGGAGGUGGUCAAGAUGGCCAACAACACCGAAGUUGGCCUGGCUGGUUACUUCUUUUCCCGCGAUCUCGAGCGGGUACACCGCAUCGCAGAGGCCCUCGAGGUGGGUAUGGUUGGUGUCAACACUGGUAUCAUCUCGGACCCUGCUGCACCCUUUGGUGGCGUUAAGGAGAGCGGCUUCGGCCGUGAGGGCUCGCUGUACGGUAUUUCUGAAUACCAGAUCACCAAGAUGAUUACAUUUGGAGGAAUGGGAGCAUGUGCGGAGAAGACGUUGACUGGGAACAAAAAGAAGAUUCGCAAAGUGCUUGUGAAGCCAAAAAAGUUUGAUCGUGGCAGGGUUCGAACCUACGACCUCCCACGACGUGUGAAACCUGCAACUGAUCUGACGUUGAAGCUCAGGAACUCGACCUCGACAGACCCUGGCUUUAUCCAUUCUACCAUUUUACGCAACAUACACGAGACAAUGGCGCUAUCGCGAGCUCAUGGACCCGUGAGGAACUGCCUGCGCCAAUUGGCAUCCUCGGAGGGAUCCUCCCUCCAGACCCUCUCCCGCCGACCGAUCACCUCGAUAGCUGCCGCUCAGCCCCUCCCCCGCUAUUUCUCCAGCUCGUCAGCUCUUCUAAAGAAGCGCAAGAUCGCGGCCGCGAGCAACAGCCCCAACGCCAAGGCCGCGGCCGGGACUGUUAACAAGGCCGAGUACGACACGGAGGCGGGCAGCGGCGCUCAACCCAACCCGGAGGACCCUCUUGACUUUAGCUCCGUGGUGGCAGCGUACGCACCAAUCGAUGCUCACUUCAAGACGCAGCUGGCGGGCAUGGUUCACGGAGGACGUUUCAACCCUACAAACCUAGGCUCCCUCCCUGUAGCCGUCAAGGACCCCGAGGCGGGAGACGGAUCCUUCCCACUGCGGGAGCUCGCGCAGGUGGUUCCCCGUUCAGGCCGGACCAUCUCGCUGCUGGUGCACGACAAGGCCUACAUCAAGCCCAUCAUGUCGGCGGUGCAGUCGAGCCGCGAGUUCAACCAACAGCCGCAGCGGAGCGAGGACAACGAGCUCGAGCUGCUGCUCAAGGUGGAGCUGGAGCGCAAGGACGACGUGGUCCGACGCAUCAAGGAGGCCGUGCAGCUGUGGAAGGACCGUAUCCGCCAGGCGAGGUCCAAGCAUGAAAAGGUGCUCAAGGACUGGAAGAAGACGGGAGCCGUGCUGCCCGACGUAGUCAAGAAGGCUGAGAAGGAGCUGCAAAAGGUUCAGGAUAAGAAGAUGAAGGAUAUUGACCAGGAGGAGGCCCAGACCAUCCGCCAACUGUAG